CCCCAGCACUGUCACUCACGACCAGAAGUCAAGAUUAAACCACAAAGUGAAAAUAGCAGUAUUCUUUAGUGAUAUGUUAUUUACACAGUGCAGAUAGCUUUAGAUUAUAUUUAUUCUAUGUUAAAAUAAAAUAAAAACAUGGCGAAAAACAUUGUUAGAGAAAAACAUUACUUAUUGCAAAAAUAGUGGUAAUUAUCUGCACUUCUGCAUUGUAAUACAUUAUAAAAUAGUAUGCAAUAACUUAUUGAGUGUAAUUUUUUAAUUUUAUUUCUAAUUAUUAAAUGGAUGCCACCUUAUUGGGACAAAAGCCCUCUCUACACCUACCCUAACCCUACCCGAUACUUUAUGUUCAACUCUUUGAUUAUUUCCUUCAUUUUUAUUAAAAAAUAAAUGCUUUUCUGAUGUGAUUUGAAAUUUAAAAAGGGAGAAAAAAAGUUCGCCAAAAGGCAGAUUCGAACCCCGGUCGAUCGUGUCGAAAGAAGUGUAUUGCAAACUUUACCAUCUGCACCACUGAAUCUGACAACUAGUAACCGUCUUUUGCAUAUUUGACUAUCCCAAUCAUACAUUUGUGGGUGGAGUUAAUGUAAAUAGCCUCUGCCAGCAACAUAGCUAUUUGCACUUAAAUAGACACUCCGAUUUUUUUUUUUAUAUUCCCAACAAUUAAACAGUUGCCCACAUGAAAAAAACACUUCCCGCGCCCCUGGGUGUGACUGACUUUAGCCCACUUGUCCCACUAAUUUGGGAGAGGUCAACUGUCCCCCGCAGCCGCACCCCCCUCCCCUUUCCACUUCUCACACAGCUUCUGUGCUCGGUACCUUCUCAACAAGCAGGGGCGCCAAUUUGCCAAUUCCCCGCACAGUUAUAUGAUAGAUAAUAUGAUAGAUAAUAGAAAACCGCUUAGCGUCGCAGAUGAUUUUUUUUUUUCCCAAGUGCUUGUGCCGCCCCCCACGUGUCAUGAAAAAAUGCCGCCCCGGGCGGCUGCCCCGUUCGCCGAUGCCUAAAACCGCCACUGUGAGUAGGUAUCAGUCUCUGCUCUCAUCUUUCUCUGCUGAUGUCCACACUGCCAAAUCCUCACAUUUCCACAACAAGAUCAACAGCGCUCCAGACAUGCGUAAUCUCUUCAGAACAUUUAAUUCUCUCCUCUGUCCCCCUCCACCACCUCCCACCACUUCUAUUACAGCUGAUGACUUUGCAACUUUUUUUACAGACAAAACUAGAUCGAUCAGGGAUCAGUUCUCACCUCCACGCACACAGGACCCCCAACCAACCACAUCCACUGCUAAACCUCCCAUUUUCUCCUUCUGUCCCCUGACGGAGGCUGAAGUAUCCAAACUUCUCCUCUCCAACCAUCCUACAACAUGUCCUCUUGACCCAAUCCCCUCACACCUUCUGCAAGCAAUCUCUCCCACGCUCUUACCAACACUCACACACAUCAUCAACACAUCCCUCCUCACAGGCAUCUUCCCCACUGCGUUCAAGCAGGCUCGGGUAACCCCACUGCUCAAAAAACCUACAUUAAACACUUCUCUUAUAGAAAACUACAGACCUGUCUCUCUCCUUCCGUUCAUAGCGAAAACACUUGAACGAGUUGUCUUCAACCAGGUCUCAUUGUUUCUUUCACAGAACAACAAACUGGAUGCUAAACAGUCAGGUUUCAGGAGUGGCCAUUCAACUGAGACUGCACUUCUCUCGGUCACUGAAGCCCUGCGAAUUGCAAAAGCCCAUUCCAAAUCAUCAGUCCUCAUUCUGCUGGAUCUAUCUGCCGCGUUUGACACUGUCAAUCAUCAGAUACUCCUCUCUACUCUCUCAUCACUGGGCAUCGCUGGAAUUCCACUUCGCUGGUUUGAAUCCUAUCUCACUGAUGAUCCAACGGUAGCUGCAAGGAUCUCAGGUUGCCUGGCGGACAUCUCGGCAUGGAUGAAAGAACAUCACCUCCAGCUCAACCUGGCAAAGACUGAGCUUCUUGUCUUUCCUGCCGCUCCAACUCUACAGCAUGACAUCACGAUCCAGUUAGGUUCAUCAACAAUUACCCCAUCAACUUCGGUCAGAAAUCUUGGUGUAAUCUUUGAUGACCAGCUGACCUUCAAAGACCACAUUGCAAAGACUGCUCGAUCUUGCAGGUUUGCACUACACAACAUCAGAAAGAUCAGGCCCUUUCUGACAGAGCAUGCUGCACAACUUCUUGUCCAGGCCCUUGUCAUUUCUAGGCUGGACUACUGCAAUGCUCUUCUGGCUGGACUUCCAUCAAACACAGUCAAACCUCUACAAAUGAUUCAGAAUGCGGCGGCACGACUGGUCUUCAAGGAACCCAAAAGAGCCCAUGUUACACCUCUCUUUAUCUCAUUGCAUUGGCUACCAAUCGCAGCUCGCAUCAAGUUCAAGACACUGAUGCUUGCUCAUAGAACAACCACAGGGUGGUUAAUAAGUUCCCGCAAAUCCUCCAGUAAAGGAUCAUCUGAUGCAUCGCUGAAAGAGAUUUGA